AGAGCGCGACGACGAGUGUGAGGGACCGGAGGAAGGCUGAUGGCACCGGCGGUGACGACGAGGAGCCGGGCUGCCCCGAAGAAAAACACCGCGGCGGCCCAGGGUCCCCGCCGAAAGCGGCAAUGGAGGCCGGACCCGCGGCAAAGCUUCCUGGGGAACGUUCGGGAGGGACAAGGAUUUGCAUUUUGGAGAAAGCAAAAGAUCCAUCGGGAAUACAAGAAAUUACUAAAAAAGGAAGGAAAGGCACAUCCUCAAUGGAAAGUUCAAUAUACAGAUUCUUACCCAGAGCACUUGAAGCAUCUCUAUUUAGCUGAAGAGAAAAUGCUUGAGAAACAAUCAAAAUCUAAAAGAACUGUAGUUUUGUUAGAACAAAAAUGCAGCACAAAAGUAACGUCAGAUAUGACUCAGAGGAAGUUUAAAAAGAAAACUUCUAAUCAAAAAGCAAAAGAAGAAUAUGAGAAAAUAAAGGCUGAACGUGCCAAGAAGAAAGAGGAAGUCGAGAAAAGGAAACAAGAAAGAGAAGAAGCUCAAAGGCUCUACAAGCAAAAGAAAAUGGAAGCUUAUAAAAUAUUAAGUAAAAGGACCAAAAAAGGACAGCCAAAUCUAAAUUUACAAAUAGAAUUUCUCCUUCAGAAAAUACAACAAAAACCAUAGAUCAGAUUAUCUUCUCUUUUCAGUGAAUUAAAUCAAUCCACUAAAUACAUGCAUUGACUGGUACUUUGUAUUAUAGGUGAUAUUUUUUAAUGUGAAUAUAUGGCAACUAUUUUUGUUUGUUGUGAUUAUUGGUCCAGGAUUGUGCUGGAGAGGGUCAUUGAUCCUGAAAACAUUUGUACUGGUCUGAAAAUAAUAUUUCUAGCUCAAGCAGAUUAUGGGAUAUUGAACUUUUUUACAAUAAAUGUUCAAAUUAGCACCUUG